AUGAAAAAAUUGAUAACAAGUGCAUUGCCGUAUGUCAACAACCAGCCUCAUCUUGGAAACAUUGUUGGUAGUGUCUUGAGUGGUGAUGUGUACAACAGAUACUGCAGAAUGAAAGGCGAAGAGUCUUUGUACAUCUGCGGAACAGAUGAGUACGGGACUGCAAUUGAAAUGGAGGCAAUAGCGCAGGGCACAACGCCCGAGGAGAUAUGCAAGAAAAACAGGGAGAUCCACAAGCGUGUCUAUGAAUGGUUUGGAAUCGGGUUUGACUACUUCGGACACACAUCGUCGCCAAGUCACACACAGCUGGUACAGCAGCUGUUUAUGAAGAUGUACAAUAAUGGAUACUUCAAGGAGGAGGAGGUCGAGCAAUUCUAUUGUGAGUGCUGCAGAUUAUUUCUUGCAGACAGAUAUGUUGUUGGAGAAUGCAAGUUCUGUGGAGAAUGCCAGGCAAAGGGCGACCAGUGCGAUGCAUGCGGGCACUCUUACAAGCCAACAGAUCUGCUGAGUCCGCAGUGCUCGAUCUGCAGCAGCAGCCCUGUUGUCAAGAAGAGCAAGCACCUGUUUUUUGAGCUUGGGAGGUUUAAGCCUCGACUUGAAGAGUUGUACAAGGAAAACGGGCAUCUGUGGAGCCAGAAUGCACAGAACAUAUUCAAUCAAUGGAUGGCGAUUGAUCUGUACCCAAGAUGCAUGACAAGGGAUCUGAAAUUCCAAUGGGGGGUUCCAGUGCCGCUGGAGGCAUUCAAGGAAAAGGUGUUCUAUGUAUGGUUUGAUGCGCCAAUAGGGUAUCUUACGUUUCUGAAGGACCUUGUUGGGGAGAGUUUUGACGAUUGGUGCAGGCAGGCCGAGCUUGUGCAGUUUAUGGGAAAAGACAAUGUGUGUUUCCACACAGUGAUUUUCCCAGCAAUGCUGAGUGCAACUGGAGACAGGCUUCCGUUGGUCAGCAGGCUUUCUGCAACGGAGUAUCUACAGUUUGAAAACAAGAAGUUUUCGAAGAGCCGGCGACACGGGAUUUUCGGGCUUGAUCUAGUUGAUGGGAAGCUUGGGAAGGCAUGCAUUUGGAGAUAUUAUCUGAUGAAGAUCCGUCCUGAGGGAACAAAGGAUGCAAACUUUUCGUUCUAUGACUUCCAGAAGUCUGUGUCUGGAGACCUGAUCAAUAACUUGGGGAACUUUGUCAACAGGGUGCUGAAGUACAUCAAGCAGAAGUGCGGAGGGCACGUACAGAUUGAAGGGCUUGAUGAAAGGGACAUGAAGUGUGUGGAUGUGGUGAACGAGCUGUUUGAAAGGUACAAGGAAAGAAUGGAUGAGAUAAGGUUGAGGGACGGCUUGCAAAUGGUGUUUGAAAUCUCAGGGAUUGGUAAUGAGUAUGUGCAAGGAGGGGUUAGUGAUGGGGCAAGAAGGAGCCAUUGUUUUUGUUUUGGAUUCAGCCUUGUGGUGCUUAUGGCCAAGAUGGUGCAUCCGUUUAUUCCUGAUAGUUCCCUGAGGAUGCUGAAGAUGUGUGGAGUUGAGGAGGCCGAGCUUAAGAUGGAUAUGAAGAUGAAAGUGUUUUAUGAGCAUUCGUUAGGUGAUGAUAUUGAGCCGUUGUUUGAGAACUUUAGUCCGGAGCAAAUUGAGGAGAUGGCGAGGCAUGGGUGA